AUGUUAAGGGACAUUGCCCGCAUCAUCAGAGUUCACCCUUCUCAGCAGGUCCCCAUGGAACAACCCUCUCCCUCAUCGUCCUCCUCUUCCUCUUCCUCACCCCCACUCGACCACCCACUCGAUCCCAAGGAUGCAGAGAUCCUCUUCCUCAGCCAAAGGCUGGACCGCAUGGAACGCUUUAUGGCAGAUCGCCUUCGCCAGGGCUCCGACCCCGCGAUCACAACUCAAGCUCCACUUCAACACUACCGCCCCUCAGACGUGGAUGUCAUGGGAUGCCCCAGCAUCAAACCAGCAACGCCUAUCGAGUUUUUCACCAAACCAACAAAGAGCGACGCCGAACUUAAGGAAGUCAUUCGAGGCUUUCCCAAGAACGUUCACAUGGACCAAUAUAAAGCACCCAAGGUCCCAUACGUCGUCUCCAACAACCUCGACUUCAAUAGGAAGCAUGAUUCACAGAUCCGCGAGUUUCAGGAGCGAUGCGCCGAGCUCACACGCCCCGUGGAUUACUUCUAUCACCAAUUCCGACAGCUUCAGGAGAUCGACCCCGAACAUCUCAAGCCAGACCAGAUUCUGGACCUUUCCGUCAGCUUUGCAGUCCUUAUGCGCCAACACCUGGGCGGAAUGACUGUUAAGAUGCACGAGACCCGCAUGGCUAACGUUCGCGAAGCCGCAGGAGCACACUUCGAGGACGACGCUCUCAAUAUGUUAGACCCACAGUCCUUCUACGACCACACCAAGUCUAUCCGCACCCUACAGUCAUACUUUAAGAGCAAGCCAGGAACCGACAAUCACCGAGACAAAGGCGACAACAAUGGUUAG